CGGCGCAGCGCGGGUCGCCGGUUCACUCCGAGCGGUCAGCGCGGUGUGGCUGACCUCGGAGAGGCCGGACUCGGAGAGGUCUGCGGUCGCCGUCACCAUGUUGUCCCGCGCAGCGUACAGCACGAGCCGGAAGCUGGCGCCAGCCCUGGGGUCUCUGGGCUCCAGGCAGAAGCACAAACUCCCUGACCUGCCGUACGACUAUGGCGCCCUGGAGCCUCACAUCAACGCCCAGAUCAUGGAGCUUCACCACAGCAAGCACCACGCGGCCUACGUGAACAACCUGAACGUCACCGAGGAAAAGUACCUGGAUGCACUGCAGAAGGGUGACGUCACAACUCAGAUCUCUCUCCAGUCUGCGCUGAAGUUCAACGGCGGAGGCCAUAUCAAUCACAGCAUCUUCUGGACAAACCUGAGCCCCCACGGCGGCGGGGAGCCCACAGGGGAGUUGCUGGAAGCCAUUAUCCGUGACUUCGGUUCCUUUGCCAAAUUCAAGGAGAAGUUGACCGCUGUCUCUGCUGGCGUUCAAGGCUCAGGCUGGGGCUGGCUUGGUUUCAAUAAGGAGCGAGGACGUUUGCAGAUUGCUGCGUGUCCUAACCAAGACCCGCUGCAAGGAACGACAGGUCUUGUCCCGCUGCUGGGGAUCGAUGUCUGGGAGCACGCUUAUUACCUGCAGUACAAAAACGUCAGGCCCGACUACCUGAAAGCCAUUUGGAACGUAAUCAACUGGCAGAAUGUCACCGAAAGAUACGUGGCCUGCAGAAAGUAAAGCGUCGGCACCGCGCCGGAUGCACAGAGCCCCUCCAGCUGCCUCUGCGGCCGUGGGCGGCACCGCGGCACACCCGGGCUGCUCUGUUGUGGCAUUUCUGAAUGUAGCUUCUUCAAGUAUCCGAUAAACAGUAAUUUAGUGCUAUGAAUAAUGUCUUGUUUUAAAAUUUUUGUUACUGGGCACCAGUUUGAAAAUACUAACUGCUUUGUAUGAUUUUAGUCUUUUGAUUGAACAUUUUCUUUGGAGAGAGAAAAUACCAGUCUGUCACAAAUGCCACCAUCAAGCCAUCGAAAGUGUCACGUCCCCAUGCUAUUAGGGUGUCUUGGGGAGCGUUUCGAUCUUGUUCUGCCACAUUAAUAGAAAAUCUAGUCCUUUGACCCAGUUUAACAAUAAAAUAUGAAAUUUUUUUCCCAAGGGAAAUGUUUAGUUUUCUACUGAAAGUUGCUUCUUUUGUAAGUAAUCCUAUGUCUAGUGUUCCUUCUCACAGAUGUCACCCAGCGGUCUUCAGUUGUUUGUAGUCACGUGUUGCACAGAGGUGACACCGUUUUGUCAUUAAAAAAUAUAUAUAGAAAAUGUGAUUGCUAA